GAAGGUUGAACAAAACGUUUUUAACCUUUGACCAAAAAACACCAGAAAAAAACAUGUCUAAAGAUCCUUCACAAGUUGAAGUGGUUCUUGCUAAUGACUCUUCUGGUUUAGAAAAAGGUGAUUUCUCUCGUACAUCUAUGUAUCAGAUUCUUGUCCAAAACCCUGAACUUUUCUGGGAUAGACUCCAAAGUUUUCUUGAAUCUUCUCAAGGAAUUUUCAAGAUUCCUAUUGUGGGUGGAGACAAACUCGAUCUUCAUCGGCUUUUUUACGAGGUCACAUCACGAGGUGGUCUUGAAAUGGUGAUUAAGGAUCGUAGAUGCAAGGAAGUGAUGGAUGCAUUCCAGUUUAAGAAAACAAUUACAAAUGCAGCAAGUGUUCUAAGGAAACAUUAUCUUAAAAUGCUCUUUGAGUUUGAGCAUGUGUAUUACUUCAAAGCUCCACUCGCUGAGUUUCCAGAGAGAGAGAAAGCAUUGAUGCGCCUUGUUGAUAAAUCAGCAAACAAAGACAUGGACGUUGAAGAAGCGAAAGCUGGUUUGGUGUUUAAUGGGAAAUUCGAAAGCGGGUAUCUUGUAACUGUGAAGAUGGGCAUGGAAGAGCUCAAAGGAGUAAUUUUUCACAUGCGUGAUCAAGCGCCUCCUGAAACUCCAAGACGCAAGAAGAAGAGAGCCAAAACAUCUCAUGAUUAUGAAGAGAAAUUUCUUGAGAAGAAGAAGAGGGUUAACAUGGAAACCGUAGCUGCGACCAAUUCUUCGAAAACUGUGGCCGCCACCAAUGCAGCUGAAACUGUUGAUGCGACUGUUAAAACGGAAACUAUAGCUGAAAUGGAUGAAGCGGAGACUGUAGCUAAGGUCCAGCCUGUAGAAACUGUAGCUGUCACCAAUGCAGCGGAAACUGGAGCUGCGGCUAAUACAACAGAAACUGUAGUUAGGGCUUUGUCAGCGGAAACUGUAGUUGCUACCAAGGCAAUGGAAGCUGUAGCUGCCGCCGAUGUAGCGGAAACUGUGGGUGGCACCGAUGCAGCCGCAAGUACAAGUGAGUAGUGAUCUUCGAUGGCUGUCUUCUUUGUUUAAUGUUACAUAUAUUUUCUGUUAUAUGUAACACUAAACAUAUAUUUUGAACUUUUGGUUUCUUUACUUUGCUAGUAAACUGGUAAUAGCGUUGUGUCAUUAGAGUUAAUUAAACUGGUUUCUUUA